CUCUGCUGCCAUAUCCGAGGGAACCAGUUUGAAUUUUGCUUAGUCAAUGCUUAAUGCUACAUCCAAGCGCUCAAGAGAGUAGAGAUACGCGCCGGAGAACCUUGAGCAGUAAUAAUCUCAACUGUGGGAAUGAAAAUUUAGCGCUGAUAUCAGUUGUUGUGCGAUGGAGCGUUGGUCUGGUCGCGUGGCAAUCGUAACAGGGGCGAGCGCUGGCAUUGGGGCUGCCACCGCUCGCGCUCUAGCUGAGGGAGGGAUGAAGGUGGUCGGCGUCGCUAGAAGGGCAGAACGCGUUCAGAAUUUGGCAGAUGAGCUUAAAAAGGAAAAAGUGAAAGGCGAAUUACACGCUAUCCAAGGUGACGUCAGUUUGGAGGAAGACGUGAAAAGAGUUAUCAAAUGGACCAGAGACACUUUAGGCGGGGUCGACGUUCUUGUCAACAACGCUGGACUUGCUCCUCUCACGCUCUUAUCUGAGCUGGAUGCCUCUGUCAUGAAAAAGAUUUUUGAAACAAACGUGUUUGGGCUUUGUUAUUUCACCAGCGAAGCUCUGAAAGAUAUGAAAUCAAGAGGUGUAGACGACGGCCACAUUGUGCACGUUAGCAGUGUUGCUGGCACUUACAUUCCCGACUUCUCCGGUACUGGACCUUACGCUGCAAGCAAGCACAGCGUCAAAGUUUUUACUGAGAUUCUGAGGAGGGAGAUGAGAGACAUGAAAACUAAAAUGAGAGUCACGUGCAUUUGUCCUGGAUUGGUUGAAACUGAAAUUUUCAGUGCUUCUGGAUUUCCCGAGGAUGCGCAAAAAGGUCUAUCUAACGAACCGAAUUUGAAAGCUAAAGAUGUUGCUGAUGCCAUUAUUUUUGCCGUUUCUGCUCCACCUCAUGUGCAGAUUCACGACAUUGUCAUGCAUCCUACAGGGGAAAAGUUUUAAUCAUUUUUAAUUAAUAGUUUUGCUUCAAAUUAAUGACACCUACUUAACUUAGUCAAUAUUUUUGAUUAUUCCAGGAACUGCUGAAUAUGAAUAAAAUACAACAUAAUUUAGCAUAAUAACCUUUUUCAUAUCUUUUUAAUAAUUUAUUAUAUAAUUUUUUUACACAUUUUUAAAAUUUACCAUGCUAGACUAAUCUCAGCAUAAACACAGAAAAAUAUAGAAAGUUUGAAUUAGAUUAUUCAAAUUCAAAAACAAAUUAUUAUUUUUUCUUAAAAUGUGGCAUUUUUAAAAGAAAUAGGAGAACUAUAAAAAUAAGAAAGUGGUAAGCGCAAACAUUUCUUUUUUACAAACGAUCGCAUAUCUUAUUUCAAUCUCCUAUGUGUUAAUACUUAUAACAAAAAAACAGUAUAUAUGUAUAUUUUAAUUUGUUCUCACAGCAUCAGGAAUAGAAUUCGCAACUUGAAUUUUUUUGUAAAAUAAUUUUAAACCCAUUUUAAGUCAGCCUCUUGCGUUUACGACAGCAAUUUCGCAAACUCUGGAAUUUGAAAACCAAAAUAAAUAAUCAAAAAUUUUAAAACAAUUGAAAAUCUUUCACCUUCAUAAUUAAUUCUUCCAUCCCUGUCAAUGUCUGCAAUGCUAAGCAUUUCAUUCAGCUCAGUUUCGGUCACCGGCUCACCAAUAAUUUCCAUUGCUGACCUUAGCUCGUCCUGAAUUAAAAAUAUUAUAUUAUUAUUGUUGUUGUUUUUAAUUUGUCCACAUAUUACAAAAUAUAUCAAGAUUUUUGUAUUAAUUAUAUAAAUAUAAUGAUGUAUAUACCUUUGUGAUAAACCCAUUGGAGUCCUUGUCGAAGACCCUGAAGGCCGCGAUCAGGUCUUGACUCGCGUCCUCUUCAUCAAGGGACACGGUAUUCAGUCUGCUUGCCAGGCUCUCGGGGGCAUCGGAAGUGCCGGCGGCGGCGGCGGUCACGGCCUCAAUGGCCGUAACCCAUUGCAAAAACUCGGCCUCGUUGACCAAACUUGCACCUAGUUAUUUUGUGAACAUAAAAGUCAAUAAGCGAUUUAAAAUAAUUUGUGUUAAAAAGAUAUAAUUAAAUACAUAUAGGUGUGGGAAUCAGAGACUAUUUUGUUACUUAGUCUUAUUUUGAUAAAAAUCUGCAUGAAUUAUGAAAAAUCUGCAUGGUUGAAAUCCAUCAUGAAUUAUGAUUCAGAGAAUUUUAAAAGAAAAAAAUAUCUAAAAGCGUCAAAUUCAAGAAAAAUCCAUCUAAUUGUAAGUACCACAUUCUUCGUGCUCCUAAAAUCGUCUUAAAUUAUUUACCAUUUUGCCAGAAAUGCGUCUGAAUUUUUGAAACUUCCAAAUAAAUGGUUUUCCUCGAUAAUUUAAAUUUAGUUGAAUAUUUUGACUUACCAGAUUCACUUGCCUGAGCAAGGAGUUCGGUGAGGAAUUCUGAAUUGACGUUGAUUCCUAAAUUUGUCAACAUAUGCUGCAGUUCUCCUGCAGUUACCCUUCCAUCUCUGUCACGGUCUAACAAACCAAACGCAGUUCGCAAUUCUGAAAGUAAAAAUUUCGAUGAGAUGGAAACUUUAUUUAUUUUUUUAUUUUUAUGAAAUUUGAAAUUUAAUCAUAAAAAUAAGUUUUCAUUGAAAUUAUUGAUAUUUGUUAACAUGUAAAAGUUUCAAAACUUUUUAAAUAACAGUAAGUUUGUACCUUCUCAGAAUAACACACAAAAUAAGCUAGGUUU